AUGGAAACCACUGGGGGUGUCGGGACAGAGUCGGACGCGUCGGCUGCCCGUGGCUCCGCCGGGUCUUUUCCCGCUUCCGGGGCUCCGCUUUGCCAGCCGCGUGACGGCGCCUCCGUUGGCCCCGGCAGAACUCAGUCCCCGCCCCCGUGGCUCCCCAACCCUGCGGCGGGGCGAACCCCCGGCAUUUGCCGGUUGAGUGUUGCUGAGUUUUGGACGGGGCCGGAGCGCUUUGGGCCUCGGCGCGAUGGAGGCGCUGCGGGGGCCGGCGCUGAGCUGGCCCUGGUGCGCUUCGCCCCGCUCCUGGCCGCCUCCGUGUGGCAGCGGCAGCCGUUCCGCCUGCGCUACGUGCCGGGCCGCGGCGAGAUCCCGGCGCACUUGGGCGGCACCACGGUGUUCGGGGAUAACGUGGAGGAUGAGUGGUUCAUUGUGUACCUGCUCCGGGAGAUCACCAGGGAGUUCCCGGGGCUGGCAGCCAGUAUUGAUGACAACGAUGGAGAGUUUCUCUUGAUAGAAGCAGCUGAUUUUCUGCCCAAGUGGCUGAAUCCUGAGAACAGUGAAAACAGGGUGUUCUUUUACAAAGGAGAGCUGCACAUCAUUCCUCCGGGGGAGCCUGGGGAGCAGGGCUGGGCCCUCUCUGCUCCCUGUCCCACGGUGCCCCAGGCGCUGGCUCUGUUAUCCACGCGCCCCGAGGAGCUCCUGGCUGCAGAGCCCAUCAGAGCCGCGCUGAAUAAACGCAUCCAUGGGUAUCCCGAGAAGAUCCAGGCCUCGCUGCACCGAGCCCGCUGCUUCCUCCCGGCCGGGAUCGCGGCCGUGCUGAGGCUGCGCCCGUCCCUGGUGGCUGCGGCCGUCCAGGCCUUCUACCUGCGGGAGCCGGGCGAUCUGGCGGCCUGCCGGCGCCCUUUCAGAACCUUCCCUGCCGAGCAGCGAGUGAUGGCCCUGGUGACUUUCACUCGGUGUCUGUAUGCACAGCUGGUGCAGCAGCAGUUUGUUCCCGACAGACGCAGUGGGUACACCCUGCCCGCCCCAUCUCAUCCUCAGUACAGAGCCUACGAGCUGGGCAUGAAGCUGGCUCAUGGCUUUGAAAUGUUGUGCUCCAAGAGCAGUAAAGUGGCUCCUGAUGCCAAGAGAAACGUGUUAAGCAGUCCUCUGUGGGAGAGAUUCCUCAGGAGCUUGAAGGAGAAGGAUUAUUUCAAGGGAGAAAUGGAAGGAUCAGCCAAGUACCUGGAACUGUUGCACAUGGCAGAAGAUCACUUCCAGCAAUGUGUUGCAGUGCCAGAAAGCUGUGAUGAAGUGAGCCCAGGUGAUGAAAUCCUGACACUGCUACAGACAACACCCAUUGAUCUGAAGGAAUUUGAGAGAGCAGCAGCUUGUCUUCCUGCAGAGGAUGAUGACAGCUGGCUGGAUAUUACACCAGGUGCUCUGGAUCAGAUGCUGAAGGAGACAAGAAAUGAGUCCCUUCCUUCCACAAAUGAGGAAGAGCAAAGCUAUGACUUGGGAGCAGUUGCUGAGAGCAUGAAGGCUUUUGUGUCCAAAGUCUCCACGCACGAAGGAGCAGAACUGCCAUGGUCAUCUGAUGAGUCCCAAGUUACCUUUGAUGUGGAUUCUUUUACAAAAGCCCUGGAGAGAAUUUUAGGGGCAGACUCGGAGGAGCUGGAUUCUGAUGAUCUGGAUGAGGAGGAGGAGGAGGAGUUGGGUUUCUCAGAUGAGGAUGAUGAAGAGCUGGAUGCUGGGAAUGAAAGGCAGGAGCAGAAGGUGUCUCCUGAGGAGCUCGUGGGCAGUCUCAAGGCGUACAUGAGGGACAUGGACCGUGAGCUGGCACAGACCAACGUUGGGAAAAGCUUCAGCAGCCACAAGAGAGGGGCAAGUUCUGUUGGAGCAGCCCCAUGUGAGAGUGCUGGCCCUGGUUAUGGAGCUGAGGCUGCUGAGCUGGCAGCCCUGGAUGUGGACAUGAACCUGGUGGCAAACCUGCUCGAGUCCUACAGUGCCCAGGCUGGCCUGGCAGGACCCACCUCGAACAUUUUACAGAGCCUGGGGCUGAAUUUACCUGAGAGCACAGAGCUCACUGGCAGCUGAGCAAGGCAGGAGAGGCUUUGGACAAGACGUGGCUGCUGGGGAGGUGAAGCACAGACACACAGCAGGAUGUGGAAGAAGAGCCCAAAGGUUUCAAUUUAGAGCAUUCUCUUCAUUAUGUGUCACUUCAGCAGGGGGAAUUUACAUGCAAAAGCUUCUGUUUGCACACUGUCUUGGAAUGGAAAUGAGGUUUUCUUAGUGAUGACACAUUUUCAGAAACUGAAAAACUAUUUUGAAUGCAUGACUCAAAUGAGGUUUUCUUUUAUUACAACACCCCUCUUCCAUUUUUCCAUUCAGUGAUCCAAUUUGCCACAUUUCUAAAAUGUCCUUUUACCCAUUGCUGAGUGGGUUCAAAAUCUGGGGAGCAGUUCUUGUUCUGAAAAUGCUGCUGCUUGUGGGGGAGGUGGGGAAAUACCACAUUGCAGGAAGAGUAAUUGGAUUAAAUGUGUAAAUAUUGGCCAGAAGUAUUUUUAAAUUUUAUUUCAAUAAAAACAGAAAUACAACUUGA